CGUACAAUUACGGAAAUUACGUUGUGACGUCAGAUGCCAGAGGACGGAAAGAAGGAAGAUGGCGCUCACUAACUUUCUUCCAGCACCUACGCAGCUCUCUCAGGACCAGCUGGAAGCUGAGGAGAAGGCCCGAUCACAGAAGUCCCAGUCUACAGCCCUGGUAUCCUCUCGCAGGGAGCCACCCCCUUAUGGUUACAGAAAAUCUUGGGUUCCCAGGACACUAGAGGAUUUUGGAGAUGGCGGUGCCUUUCCUGAGAUCCAUGUGGCCCAGUUCCCUCUGGAGAUGGGAAGGAAGAAGAAGACUUCCAAUGCUCUUGCUGUUCAAGUGGAUGCUGAAGGAAAAAUUAAAUAUGACGCCAUUGCUCGCCAAGGGCAGUCAAAGGACAAGGUCAUAUUCAGCAAGUACACAGACCUCCUUCCAAAGGAAAUCCUGAAUGAUGAUGCUCCAGAUCUACAGAGGCCAGAUGAAGAACUUGUCAAAGAGCUUACAGAGAAGACUCGAGCAGCUCUAGACAAACAGGUGUCCCAGAAGAUUGCGGCUGCCAUGCCUGUGAGAGCAGCAGACAAGCAGGCUCCGGCACAGUACAUCAGGUACACCCCAUCGCAGCAAGGAGUUGCUUUCAACUCAGGUGCUAAACAGAGGGUUAUUCGUAUGGUCGAAAUGCAGAAGGACCCCAUGGAACCGCCACGUUUCAAGAUCAACAAGAAGAUUCCACGAGGGCCCCCUUCCCCUCCAGCUCCAGUCAUGCAUUCCCCCAGCAGGAAGAUGACUGUAAAAGAACAGCAGGAAUGGAAGAUCCCACCAUGCAUUUCAAACUGGAAAAAUGCAAAGGGUUACACCAUUCCAUUAGACAAGCGUUUAGCUGCUGAUGGCCGGGGUUUGCAGACGGUUCACAUCAAUGAGAACUUUGCUAAACUGGCUGAGGCCCUCUACAUUGCAGACAGAAAGGCCCGCGAAGCGGUAGAGAUGCGUGCGCAGGUGGAGAAAAAGAUGGCACAGAAGGAGAAGGAGAAGAAGGAGGAGAAGCUCAGAGAGCUGGCCCAGAUGGCUCGAGAUCGGAGAGCUGGCAUCAAAGGUCAUGGAGACAAAGGUGCAGAGGAUGGAGAGUUGAGGGAGCGUGAUGAGAUCCGACAUGAACGGAGGAAAGAGAGACAGCAUGACAGGAACAUUUCCCGUGCUGCCCCCGACAAAAGGUCAAAGCUGCAGCGGGACCAGGAUCGAGACAUAACUGAACUCAUAGCUCUGGGUCAGCCCAAUCCACGUCCCUCAAGUGAGGCCCAGUAUGACCAGCGCCUCUUCAACCAGAGCAAGGGCAUGGAUAGUGGCUUUGCUGGCGGGGAGGAUGAAAUUUACAACGUAUAUGAUCAGCCAUUCAGGAGUGGCAGGGACAUGGCCCAGAGCAUCUAUAGACCCAGCAAGAAUACAGAUAAAGAUAUGUAUGGUGAUGAUCUGGACACAUUAAUUCAGAGCACCAGGUUUGUACCCGACCGUGAGUUUUCUGGUGGUGAGCAUGGGCCACGCAGGGAUGGACCAGUUCAGUUUGAAGAGGAUCCUUUCGGACUGGACAAGUUCUUGGAGGAAGCCAAGCAGCAUGGAGGGACUAAAAGACCAUCCACUAGUGGGCGUUCAAAGGAUUAUGACCACGAUAAGAAGCGGAGGAAGGAAUAAGCAGCCCACCCUAAAAUGUUCAGAUUGUAGUUGGGGCAGAUCUUAGGUCCUCCCGUAUUGUCUGUAAAUAAGACUAGUGAUGGAUAUUAAGGAAUUUUUUCAUUCAGCUGAACCAUAUAACAUUGAUUCAGUGCCCUUUAUCUGCAGUCUAUGUUCUCUAGUUUUUAAAAAAAUUUCCACUUGUUUUCCCAUAUUUUCCAAACGUGAAGUUUUCUUGUCAUAUUAAUACUUCCUUUGACUAGUAAAUUUUGUCUUAAUUUUUUUAGUCAUUCUCAGAUGUGUAGUAUUACUGUUCACCUGAAACUAACAAGUGACAUCAAGCUUCUGUAAACCUCUUGUACAGAUAUGCCACUUAAUAAAAUUCAUAUGCU